ACGCUCACAUGCUUCGAUGCCGCCUGUCGGUUGCUGGAGGUGUGUGUGUGUGAGCUGGCUCUGAUAGACGGUGUGUGUUCAGCUCCAGCGCAGCAGCAGGAGACGCUGGAGUCGGUGUGUGUGUUUCUGCUGCACUGCUGUGACACGAUCUGCAUCCCUGCGGUCACUGGCGUGUGUGAGCGGGUCUCGUCUCCACAGACGCUGCAGCUCUUCCUCUCGGUCCUGUCGUGUCAGUUUGCUCUGUGUCCUGCUCACAUGACCUCCUUCUCCAAGAAGCUCGCUGCGUCUGGAUUCAUCAGACUGACUGUGGACAGUAAAGCUCUGCUGUGUUCAGGGAACAGGAACGCGUCUCUGAAUCAGACCUGCUGUGAUUUCCUCCUGAAGCUCUGCAUGUGUCUGAUCUCAAACACCGACACCUGGACCCAUGAUGACCUGCAGGAUGUGAAGCGUGUCCUGCAGGAGUCUCUGCCGUCUCUCUGCUGCAGAGUGUCUGAUUGGCCCUCUCUUCUCACUGAUAUCCCACAAUCCCUCAGGAACGCGCAGUACUGCCUCAUCCACCUGUUGCACCUGUCGCUGCAGCACGGAGACAGGUUUCUGUGUGACUCGGCCGUGUUCCCCUGCAUGCUGCGCUUCAUCAUGUGUGUUCAGGAUCAGUGCGGCGACGCUCUUCCUGCGUCUGUGUUGAGUUCAGUCCUCUAUCUGCUGUCUGUCACACAUCACGGCGGCCCUCGCCUCGACACGGUGUCGGUGAACGUCGUCAGUAAAACUCUGUCCUCCUGUCCUCCGCUCUUCUCUCGCGCUCUUCCUCUCCCCGUCCUGAGCUUCAUCUUCCUGUAUCCCGAGCUAUCGGAGCGUUUCGGAGCGACGGCUCUGACGGGACGUCUCUGUCGCGGGACAGAAGUGGGUCAGGAGGAGGAGCGGGAGCUGCUGGAGCUGCUUCACACACACCCUGCGGCACUGUUGAACAUGCUGGUCGUGGCAUGUGAAGCCGAGACCGCAGCGUCUCACUCAGCCAUCGGUGUGUUGCGAUGUUUCCUGAGUUCAGUCGACGGCGUCUCCAUCAGCAGGACGUCUGAUCUCUCUGAUCAGAUCCGGUUGGCGCUCAUGAACGUCCUGCAGAGACAAACACACACAGACGGUCUGUCGGUGCUGCUGGACGUGUUGUCUGUGAUUCAGAGUCACUCGUCCGGUCAGAUGAACCAUACAGACUUCAAACUGCUUUACCACGUCAGUAAUCUGGUGGGAAAGAUGGACUCCAGCGACUCUGAGCUGCUGCUGUCGGUGUUCAACUGUCUGUACUGCUUCCUGUGUGUGUGUCCAUCACACGCCACCGACAGAGCGGCGUCUCUGCUGCUGGGAAACGUCAGACUGCUGGAGCUGCUGGAGGAGGUUUUAUCCUCCUCUCCCUCUUCAUCUUCAUCAUCUUCAUCACUGCACUGCUCCUCUCUGCUCCUGCUCUCCUCCCUCAUGCUCCUGCAGCACAAACACAGCGCUCAGGUGCAGAAGAGCGUCAGUGUGGAUCUCCAUCAGAUACUGAGACGACUGGCCUUCAGCAAGAGACACGCGGACGCGCUGCUGCUCGUGUGCAGUGUGCGGUUUCGUGCAGGUGUGUUUGGAUGUGGAUGAGUCUGCGCUGGUGUGUGUGUGUGAUGCAGCGCUGCAGCGACCCCUGCAGACAGAAGAUGGCGCUCUACACCCGCUGGGACACAGCGGCGCCGCCAGCCUUGUGACGGCCCUCAGCGCACUCAUGCUGCAGAAGCAGGAUCUGCAGGUCAGCGCGGCUCUGAACUGUCUGACGUCUCUGAUGGGGUUUCUGCGCCGCAGGAGUCCUGAAUCGGUGCAGCACAUGGUGGUUCAUCAGCCCUGGACUCGAUUCCUGCUCUUCUCUUUACUGUCAUGUGACGGGAGCCUGAGACCUGCUGCACUGCAGCUCCUCACACUGCUGGUGCGUUUCAACGGCAGCGUCUCACGCUGGAAGACAGAAGUUCAGUCGGUGUGUGAGGAGGUGGAGAGACGAGGAGUGACGGACCUCACUGACCACAGCAAACACACACUGAGAACGAUGCUCACACAGUGUUGUGCUGCUUCUCCUCCUGAUGAUCUGAGGAUGAGGAUGGACGCUUUACUGGAGUCACUCAAACAUCUUCCUCCCUCUGACGCCUCGAGCAGACACAUGCUUCGGGUUGGACGGGUCUCUGUGUGUCUGUCUGACCUCACAGUCGGCCCUCAGGACCUCUGAUACACACACACACACACACACACACACACACACAAACACCUCUGAAGAGUUUUACUUUUUUUUUGUUCUGCAGAGAUUUGCUCCUGAAAUAUUUUCAUAUGCAUUUUUAUAUUAAUGACAGUUAUUUACGCAUUUUAUCAUUUGUUUUGUAACAAAAAUGGUUAUUGAUGUUAAUUUUACUAUUAAUAAUUAGUUACUCGUUUUAUAAU